ACGGCUCGCGCGCUGGGAGCAGCGGCCGGCUAUCGAGCAAGCCCCUCCGUCCCGCAUCAGAGAGACCACAUGGGCCCCGAGGCCACCUGCAGCGGCCACCUGGCUCGCCUCCAGGUGAGGACCUGGGUUGAGCCCGUGGUGGCGUCCACUCAGGUGGCCAGCUCCCUCUACGAUGCAGGGCUACUCCUCGUGCUGAAGGACUCCUUUGCGGCCACCUCCAACCACAGCGCCACCCCAUCGCCCGGGGAUGCUCAAGAGGACCAGCAGCAGAAGGCCAUCUCCAAUUUCUACAUCAUCUACAACCUCGUGAUGGGCCUGACGCCCCUGCUGCCUGCCUUCGGGCUGGGCUGGCUCAGCGACCGCUACCACCGCAAGAUCUCUCUCUGUGUGGCCCUGCUGGGCCUCCUGCUCUGCCGGCUGGGGCUGCUCUUCAAGGUGCUGUGGGACUGGCCCGUGGAGGUGCUGUACUGGGCCGUGGGGCUGAACGGGCUCUGCGGCGGCCACUCAGCAUACUGGUCGGGGAUUGUAUCCCUGGGCUCGCUUGGCUCCUCCGUGGACCGCCGCUCAGUACGCCUCAUCUUCAUCGACCUGAUCCUGGGCUUCGCGGGAUUCACGGGGAGCAUGGUCUCUGGGCAUCUCUUCCGGCAGAUGUUUGGGCAGCCCUCGAAGGGCCUGUUGCUGACGGCCUGCAGCGUGAGCUGUGCCUCUUUUGCCUUUUUCUACAGCCUCUUGGUUCUGAAAGUCCCCCAGUUGGAGGCCAAGCCCAGAAAAGCACUCUCUCCCGUGGAUACGGUGUCCGGCACUGUGGGCACAUAUCGCACCCUGGACCCUGAUGAGCCAGACAGGCAGAGUGUAGUGGGGCACCCUCUAUCUCCUAGGAAAGCAACGCCCCAAAAAUCCAUUAUUGCCCUGCUCUUUCUGGGCGCCAUCCUCUAUGACAUCGCAGUGGUGGGCACAGUGGACGUGAUGCCCCUUUUUGUGCUAAGGGCGCCUCUCAGUUGGGGCCAAGUAGAGGUGGGCUACAGUAUGGCUGCAGGGUACAUGAUCUUCAUCACCAGCUUCCUGGGUGUCUUGAUCUUCUCCCGUUGCUUCCGGGACACCACCAUGAUCACGAUCGGGAUGAUCUCCUUUGGAUUGGGAGCUCUCUUGUUGACUUUUGUGAAAAACACGUACAUGUUCUACAUCGCUCGAGCCGUCAUGCUCUUCGCUCUCAUCCCCAUCACAACCAUUCGAUCAGCGAUGUCCAAGCUCAUAAAGGACUCCUCGUAUGGUAAGGUAUUUGUCAUUCUGCAGCUGUCCCUGACUCUCACCUCGGUGGUGACAUCCACAGUGUAUAACGAGCUCUAUCAGCUCACCAUGGAAAAGUUUGUCGGCACCUGCUUUGCCCUCUCCUGCUUUCUCUCCUUCCUGGCCAUCGUCCCGAUUGGCAUCGUGGCCUGCAAACAAGCCUCAUGGGCGAAACAUGCAGACGUCACAGAGAAAUGAAGGUGC